AAGCAGUGAGGAGAAGCAGCAAACUCUAUAUUCCGUGCACAUUGACGCUGGAUGGAGCUGUCCUCUAUGAUGUUACCGUCGCCUGUCUAGGCUACAAAUGAUGCUCCAUGAGCAUCUGCAGCAGCGAUCCCCUGCUCUGCCGCUGAGCCGUGAGCAUGCCACCCCUGCAGCUUCAUCGUACCAGCCUCACUGACAGUCGUCCACCUCCAGCAAGAUGUAUUUCAACCGGAGAGCCAAGAAGAUACACAGUGAGGGAGAGCAGUUAGUGUUGACCACCAUUAGGCAGGAGGCUUCUGAACUGCAGGACCCAGGCCAGGGCGCCAGUGCUACCAUGCGUGCCCGCCUCACAGACAGGUUUGACAAAAACUCACCUCUCUCCCAUCAAACCAACGGUGCAGGACCUGCUUGCUCGUCCUCCGGUUACCGCAAGGCAGAUGAUGAGAUGUCCGGGGCCACUUCCCAGGCGGAUCCACUAGACGCCACGGCGCGGACAGUGCUGCUCAAUCGGACACAGACCACCAAGUUCUGCGACAACCAUGUCAGUACCACCAAGUACGGGGUCCUCACCUUUCUGCCACGGUUCCUCUAUGAGCAGAUCAGGCGGGCUGCCAAUGCCUUCUUCCUUUUUAUUGCACUCAUGCAGCAAAUCCCUGAUGUAUCACCGACCGGUCGCUACACCACGCUGGUCCCGCUCAUCUUCAUCCUCACCGUGGCCGGGAUCAAAGAGAUCAUAGAGGACUAUAAAAGACACAAGGCAGACAACACCGUCAAUAAGAAGAAGACAACAGUGCUGCGGAACGGAGCCUGGCAGACCAUCAUCUGGAAACAGGUGGCAGUAGGAGACAUAGUGAAGGUGACCAACGGCCAGCACCUUCCAGCUGACAUGGUCAUACUGUCCUCCAGCGAGCCACAGGCCAUGUGUUACACUGAGACCUCCAACCUGGAUGGAGAAACCAACCUAAAGAUCAGACAAGGUCUCUCACUCACAGCCGGUUUUCAGACCCUGGAGGAUUUGAUGGUGCUGUCUGGUUUUCUGGAGUGUGAAGGCCCCAACAGGCACCUGUAUGACUUCACUGGCACGCUGCGGCUGGAGAACCAGAACCCAGCUCCCCUGGGUCCAGACCAGGUGUUGCUGCGUGGUGCCCAGAUCAGGAACACUCAGUGGGUUGUGGGAAUUGUCGUCUACACUGGGCAUGACUCCAAACUGAUGCAGAACUCCACCAAGGCGCCCCUGAAGCGCUCUAAUGUAGAGCGAGUGACCAACAUGCAGAUCCUGGUCCUGUUCUGUAUCCUGCUGGUCAUGGCCCUGGUCAGUUCUGUUGGUGCUGCCAUCUGGAACAAAGAACACACUGAAGAUGCCUGCUGGUACCUGUCCCGCACUGGUGCCAUCUCCACUAACUUUGCAUAUAACCUGUUGACGUUCAUCAUCCUGUACAACAACCUGAUCCCCAUCAGCCUGCUGGUCACUCUGGAGGUGGUCAAGUUCACACAGGCCCUCUUCAUCAACUGGGACGUGGAGAUGUACUACUCAGAGACAGACACGCCGGCCAUGGCUCGGACGUCCAAUCUUAAUGAGGAACUGGGGCAGGUGAAGUAUCUCUUCUCUGACAAGACAGGAACUCUGACCUGUAAUGUCAUGCACUUUAAGAAGUGUACCAUUGCGGGAAUAACAUAUGGCCACUUCCCUGAUCUUGACUGUGAUCGUUCAAUGGAGGACUUCGGCAACCUGCCGUCCAGCAGCCAGAGCUCCACAGAGUUUGAAGACCCAUCUCUCAUCCAGAACAUUGAGAUGAACCAUUUUACGUCGCCUCAGAUCUGCGAGUUCCUGACAAUGAUGGCAGUGUGUCACACAGUGGUCCCAGAGAGAGAAGAAGACCAGAUCAUCUACCAGGCCUCUUCACCAGAUGAAGGAGCACUGGUCAAAGGGGCCAAGGGACUUGGCUUUGUCUUUACUGCAAGGACACCGCAUUCAGUCAUUAUUGAAGCUAGAGGAAAAGAGAUGAGCUAUGAGCUGCUGAAUGUACUGGAGUUUUCCAGUAACCGCAAACGUAUGUCUGUGGUGGUCAGGACCCCCAGUGGGAAACUACGGCUGUACUGCAAAGGAGCUGAUAAUGUCAUUUUUGAACGUCUGACUGAGGCAUCCCAGUACAAAGAAUUAACUGUGUCUCAUCUGGAACAGUUUGCUACUGAAGGCCUGAGGACUCUGUGUUUUGCCUAUGUAGACCUGGAGGAAGAUGCCUACCAUGAGUGGCUAAAGGAAUACAAUCGGGUCAGCACCGUACUCAAAGACCGUGCUCAGAAACUAGAGGAGUGUUAUGAACUACUGGAAAAGAAUUUACUACUUUUGGGGGCCACAGCCAUAGAGGACCGUCUCCAGGCCGGCGUGCCAGAGACCAUCGCCACUCUGAUGAGGGCUGACAUCAAGAUCUGGGUCCUCACCGGAGACAAGCAGGAGACCGCCAUCAACAUAGGUUACUCUUGUCGUCUGGUGACACACGGCAUGUCUCUCAUCAUUGUCAACGAGGACUCUCUGGAUGUAACUCGGGCCACGCUGACAGCUCACUGUUCAUCCCUAGGCGACUCUCUAAGGAAGGAGAAUGAGCUGGCGCUGAUAAUCGAUGGUCAGACGCUGAAAUAUGCCCUCUCCUUUGAGCUUCGCCAGGCCUUCCUCGACUUGGCAUUAUCUUGCAAGGCUGUUAUCUGCUGCCGAGUGUCUCCAUUGCAGAAGUCAGAGAUUGUGGAUAUGGUGAAGAAACAUGUGAAAGCCAUCACACUGGCAAUAGGCGACGGUGCGAAUGACGUGGGAAUGAUACAAACAGCUCAUGUUGGAGUGGGGAUAAGCGGCAACGAGGGCAUGCAGGCCACCAACUCCUCUGACUACUCCAUAGCACAGUUCUCCUACCUAGAGAAGCUGCUACUGGUUCAUGGGGCAUGGAGCUACAAUCGUGUCACCAAGUGCAUCCUCUAUUGUUUCUAUAAGAAUGUGGUGCUCUACAUUAUAGAGCUCUGGUUUGCCUUUGUGAACGGCUUCUCUGGCCAGAUCCUAUUUGAGCGUUGGUGUAUAGGUCUCUACAACGUGAUAUUUACUGCACUGCCUCCGUUCACUCUGGGGAUAUUUGACCGGCCAUGCAGCCAGCAGAAUAUGCUUAGAUUCCCACAGCUCUACCGAAUCACCCAGAAUGCCAAGGGCUUUAACACCAAGGUGUUUUGGGGCCACUGUAUCAACGCAUUGAUUCAUUCAAUUAUUCUUUUUUGGUUUCCACUAAAAAUGUUAGAGCAUGACUCUCCCUUCAGCAACGGUCAGGGAAAUGACUACCUGUUUGUUGGGAAUAUGGUCUACACAUAUGUGGUAGUUACAGUGUGUCUGAAAGCUGGAAUGGAGACCACCGCUUGGACCAGGUUCUCCCACUUGGCAGUAUGGGGAAGUAUGGCUCUCUGGCUGGUCUUCUUUGGUGUCUACUCGGCCAUCUGGCCCGUCAUCCCCAUCGCCCCUGACAUGCUGGGCCAGGCUGGCAAGGUAAUGCAGUGCUGGCACUUCUGGCUGGGCCUGGUCCUAGUGCCUACUGCAUGUUUACUUAAAGACAUUGCUUGGACCACCACACGUCGCACUGUGAGGAAGUCUCUUCUAGAGGAGGUGCAAGAGCUGGAGGCACGAGCCGUCGACCCAGGGGCAGCUGUGCUUAGGGAUGCCAGUGGCCGCAGUCUCAACGAACGAGCCCAUCUGCUGACAAGAGUCUUUAGGAAAACACCUUCAAGUGUAGGACGCUCAAACUCGGUGCAACAGACUGUGUCACAUGGCUAUGCCUUCUCUCAGGAGGAGCACGGUGUGGUGUCCCAGUCACAGGUAGUGCGCUCCUAUGACACCACCCGUCAACGCCCCAGCCUCUAGCCCCACCCCUGACUAGGACUCUGGCUCACCAUUGCAACACUUGUCAGCAGAGACAGACGUAUGUGACACCCUGAUGCCAGGUGGCCGACCCCUACUGUGGCCUUACUGGAACUAUGAUCUGACCUCUCGCCAGGGGUGGGGGUCAUGGAUGUGGUGUGGAGGCCGCUGCUGGCGGAUAGAGUACUGACUUGAGAGAAGGGAACAGGCCAGUUGGUGGAAUAAGCAUUCUUAAAACUCACACAAGCUGAACAGGCAUGAGCAAUCGUAUCCACAAACAGACAUGACAAGUCAAACUCAGAAACUGCUACUCAUAUGUGUACACCCCCCUCAUACUGGUUUAUUCCACUGUGUGUUAAUGUGUGAGCGAAUUCCAGUGUAUCUCUAUCUCACCAUGCAUGUAUGUCUCCACGCAUUGACGCUCCUGUGUUUGUGUGCAUGCGUGUGUAUGUCCGCGUGUUUGUGUGCCAGCUUCCACAGUUCCCUCUCAGCUCGCUCUCUUGAGGUGGGUUUAGCUUGCCUGUCAUUACAUGCCGAUGUGGGAGGGGACAUAACAAAGUAAACACAAACACAAUCAUGCACACACGGUGCUGAUGAAUUCCUUAAAAAGGGGCAGACAGAGGGACUCCUUGACCAAGGGCAACCGUAGAGACAUACCUGCCCUUAUACCAUCGUAGCACCAAACCGCACUGCCAAACACCACAGAGAUGCCACCGAGGCAGAACGCUCACCCCAAAUUGGACCACCACCCUGCGGCUCCCUGUCUUUACCCCACUGGGACCUCUUCUUUCUUCUCUCUGCCUUCUUCUUCCUUCCUUUCUCUCCAUCUCCCAGCGGCUCUGCACCUUUGGCAUCUCUCUUCUGCUGCACAUCUCCUCAUCAUAGCCACUUUUUAACUCUUCCUGUGACGCAGCCUGUUAAGCAUCAGCUGAUGUAGAACCAACAAGUCGGUCAUUAGCGCGUCCUCCUUCAGUUCUGAUGGAUUUCCACUCUUUCACACAUUGUUUCUUCUUCAUUUUUUCUUUUUUUUUACUGAAGUGGACAUUAUUGUGUAUGUAUUUAUAAUUAUUUUUCUUUUCAUUAAUGCCUGUUUUUGUACUCCUAAUGUAUUAGAGAGAAUAUUUUGCUUGAACUAAGGCUAACAGGCAUCCAAACAGAAGGGAUCUGAUUGAGACACUCGGCUGGAUCAUGUGGUUUGGUCUGUGAUUUUUUCGAAUGUAGAGUCCAUUGUCUAUGUGCUCUGUGUUGAGGACACCCUGCUUCAGGAAUGCAACACUGAAGGGGUGAGAGAGGGGUUGUCCAUCUGAGUCCUAAUCAUUAAAUCUAAUCAAUACUUGGCCUGA